GCUGGCAUUGGAGGGGGAGACCGCAGUCAUGUGGUUCUGGCCAUCCUACCCUCUGUCACAGUGUGGAUGAGAGCUUUUUGCUCUUAUCCAAUCAUGCCUGGAAUGCCGCUUGCCACUUGGGUUAUUUCUGCUAUCUGUCGCUCUUGGUGCCGCAGUGCUAACGGUUUGGCAGAUGGGACGCUUUUUCUUGGAGUUUGUGUCUUUGGUUUUUGACUUCUGGCAGCACCAGGCUUCUUGUUGACGCUCGUCCUCUCCCUCCCUGGCCCUCUGGGCACCAUGGCCCAUCGGCUUCGGUUUCAUUUUGGCUCAGGUCGCAGCAACACAGCCCCCGAAUCAGAGAUCCUAGACCAGGAGAGAGAAGACGACUUUUUCAUGGCAUUCCACACGCUCCCGCGGCGGAGCGGCCCUCACCCCUUCACCCCGAAUGGAGCAGAGGACGGCGGAGGCGCCCUGCAGGGAGGCGUGGGCGCGCUCAAGCGCAGCACGUCCAUGUUCAUCCCACAGCUCCUGAGCCCCUUCGACGCGCGGCCCACCCGGAGCUCGUCCGUGCAGAUCUCGCUGCAGCGCAAGGCGGCCGACGGGGCCCCUGACGGGUGCGGGCCGCCCGAGGGCCUGGAUGGCGACGCGGGCUCGGCUCCUCGGGGCGGCUGUCCGGAGCCCGAGAGUCCCGAGAGCUCCCCUCCCAGAGCGGCGAGGGGUCCGGGCGCGCAGGUCAACGGUAUGUGUGGCCGCCAAGUGCCGGGCCCCGUAGCCCCCGACGGCCUCAAGGAGGCCGAGCCCUCGGCCGUCAGGGGCCGGGAGGGCGGCAGCGGGCUCCGCAUCCAGCACCGCGCCUCCAGCGCAGACGUGCGACAGGUGAGGCUGACGCCCUUCGGGGCCGACGGCCAGAGCGGCCCAUCGGCGCCGGAGCCCAGGCGCUGGUCCCUGCAGCAUGUUCCAGAUGCUUCUGGAAGUUCCGGGAAGCGGUGCUUUGUCUUCCAGUUGCAGCAGCCGCAAGCCGGCGCGCCAGGGCUGGCCGGUGACUUCAACUUCGGGUUCACUGGCACCAAGGGGGACAGGUUGGUGAGGUAUCCCCGCAUUCGUCUGGAGAGGAGCACUUCGUACCCCACGCAGCCCCGGGCCGAGCGUGGGAGCCCCACGGAAGAGCGCGGCCACCCGGGCCACCCGGAGACGCCACCUCGGGGCCGCAGGGUGGCUCCCGAAAUCCACAGGACCAACUCCGUGGAAAGGACGCCACAGGGUCAGGGCUGCACGUUUAAGAUCAGGCAAGAUCAAAACGCGGGGCAACAGCAUUUCAGAAUUCUCGUGACUCGGGGGCCAGAGGAAGCCCCUCCGAGUCCCGAGGAGAGUAACGCCGCCAGCCCUGGUCCCACGGGAGCCUGCGCCUCGACACGAGACGACUUCCUGGGACAGGUGGACAUACCGCUUAGUCAUCUCCCGACAGAAGAUCCAACGAUGGAGCGACCCUAUACAUUUAAGGAUUUUCUCCUCAGACCAAGAAGUCAUAAAUCUCGAGUUAAGGGAUUUUUGCGAUUGAAAAUGGCCUAUAUGCCCAAAAACGGAGGUCAAGGUGAAGAAAGCAGUGAGCAGAGAGAUGAGAUGGAGCCCGGCUGGGAAGUUGUGGACUCGAAUGACUCGGCGUCUCAGCACCAGGAGGAGCUUCCCCCCCCUCCCCUCCCCCCCGGGUGGGAAGAAAAGGUGGACAACUUGGGUCGCACUUACUAUGUCAACCACAACAACCGGACCACCCAGUGGCACCGACCCAGCCUAAUGGAUGUGUCCUCCGAGUCCGACAGCAACAUCCGGCAGAUCAACCAGGAGGCAGCGCAUCGGCGCUUCCGCUCACGCAGACACAUCAGCGAGGAUCUGGAGCUGGAGCCCAGCGAGGGCGGAGACGGCCCUGAGCCUUGGGAGACCAUUUCGGAAGAAGUGAGCGUCAGUGGAGACUCCCUCAGCCUGGUGCUGCCUCCACCACCAGCCUCGCCUGUGUCUCGGACCAGCCCCCAGGAGCUGUCUGAGGAGCUGAACAGACGGCUUCAGAUCACUCCGGACUCCAGCGGGGAGCAGUUUGGUCCUCUGAUUCAGAGAGAGCCUUCCUCGAGGUUGAGGUCCUGCAGUGUCACCGACGCAGUCGCAGAGCAGGCUCAUCUGCCACCGCCCAGUGCCCCAGCUGGGAGAGCACGUUCAUCAACUGUCACGGGUGGUGAGGCGCCAACGCCAUCAGUGGCCUAUGUACAUACCACGCCGGGCCUACCUUCAGGCUGGGAAGAGAGAAAAGAUGCUAAGGGACGCACAUACUAUGUCAAUCAUAACAAUCGAACCACAACUUGGACGCGACCUAUCAUGCAGCUUGCAGAAGACGGUGCAUCCGGAUCCUCCACAAACAGUAACAACCAUCUCAUCGAGCCUCAGAUCCGCCGGCCUCGUAGCCUCAGCUCGCCAACAGUAACUUUAUCUGCCCCGCUGGAGGGUGCCAAGGAUUCACCCAUACGUCGGGCUGUGAAAGAUACCCUUUCCAAUCCACAGUCCCCGCAGCCGUCACCUUACAACUCCCCCAAACCACAACACAAAGUCACACAGAGCUUCCUGCCGCCCGGCUGGGAAAUGAGGAUAGCGCCCAACGGCCGGCCCUUCUUCAUUGACCAUAACACAAAGACUACAACGUGGGAAGACCCACGCCUGAAAUUUCCAGUGCAUAUGCGGUCAAAGGCAUCUUUAAACCCCAAUGACCUUGGCCCUCUUCCUCCUGGUUGGGAAGAAAGAAUUCACUUGGAUGGCCGAACGUUUUACAUUGAUCAUAGCAGCCAGGUGUUAUGUGGCGAGGAUGAUACCAGAGACUCAGUGCCCUCGUACGAUAGCAAAAUUACUCAGUGGGAAGACCCAAGACUGCAGAAUCCAGCUAUUACUGGUCCGGCUGUUCCUUACUCCAGAGAAUUUAAGCAGAAAUAUGACUACUUUAGGAAGAAAUUAAAGAAACCUGCUGAUAUUCCAAAUAGGUUUGAAAUGAAACUUCACAGAAAUAACAUAUUUGAAGAGUCCUAUCGGAGAAUCAUGUCUGUGAAAAGACCAGAUGUCCUGAAAGCUAGGCUGUGGAUUGAAUUUGAAUCAGAAAAAGGUCUGGACUACGGGGGCGUGGCCAGAGAAUGGUUCUUCUUACUGUCCAAAGAGAUGUUCAACCCCUAUUACGGUCUGUUCGAGUACUCUGCAACGGACAACUACACACUUCAGAUCAAUCCCAAUUCAGGCCUCUGUAAUGAAGAUCAUUUGUCCUAUUUCACUUUUAUUGGAAGAGUUGCUGGUCUGGCAGUAUUUCAUGGGAAACUUUUAGAUGGUUUCUUCAUUCGACCGUUUUACAAAAUGAUGCUGGGAAAGCAGAUAACUCUGAAUGACAUGGAAUCUGUGGAUAGCGAAUACUACAACUCUUUGAAAUGGAUCUUAGAAAAUGAUCCGACUGAACUGGACCUUAUGUUUUGCAUUGAUGAAGAAAACUUUGGGCAGACAUAUCAAGUGGAUCUGAAGCCCAAUGGGUCAGAAAUAAUGGUAACAAAUGAAAACAAAAGGGAAUACAUUGACCUAGUCAUCCAGUGGAGAUUUGUGAACAGGGUCCAAAAGCAAAUGAACGCCUUCUUGGAGGGAUUCACGGAACUGCUUCCUAUUGAUUUGAUUAAAAUUUUUGAUGAAAAUGAACUGGAGUUGCUGAUGUGCGGCCUUGGCGACGUGGAUGUGAACGACUGGCGACAACAUUCUAUUUACAAGAACGGCUACUGCCCGAACCACCCUGUGAUUCAGUGGUUCUGGAAGGCUGUGCUGCUGAUGGACGCUGAAAAGCGUAUCCGGUUACUCCAGUUUGUCACAGGGACGUCCCGAGUCCCUAUGAAUGGAUUUGCCGAACUUUAUGGUUCCAAUGGUCCUCAGCUGUUUACAAUAGAGCAAUGGGGAAGUCCUGAAAAACUGCCCAGAGCUCACACAUGGUCACUGCUGGGAUAUCUAAAAUUCCGCUUUACUAAGAACCACAGACCCACCUAAAAAUAAUCUCCUUUGGCCCACACGUCUUCCAUACGACGAGGCUGAAGCCACUGAGGGUAAUGAGGUCACACAGCUAGUUGGUGGCAGGCCAGCCCUGUCUCCUGACGUCAGAAAUAACGGUAACACUUGUUAAGCGCUACUGUGUUCCAGGCAUCAUCCUAAGCACUUCAUGUAUAUUAACCCGUAUCAUCGUCACGACUCUAAAAGGUGGGUCACGUUACUGCCCUCUCCUUACAGAUGAAAGAAACGGAGGCACAGAGCGCCAACGUAAUUCCAAACCUCAGAUCUUAACGUUCCCCUGUUUGCCUCUCUCUCUCUCUCUCCGUUACUCCAGCACUUCUCAAACUUGAAUAAUGUAGGGACCUUUUUUAAAGGGAAAAAAUGGCCACAGAUCCUUGAAACCCCACAGGGAUUGCAGGCCCUGGACUGUGAAAUACCAACUUAAAAUCAAGACGACAGCCACCUCUUCUUUUAAGUAUAGCCUGCAGAAGUGGAAUUCUGUCUCUGUCACUGGUGAAAUGAUGUUUGAAAUCAUUAUCAUGAUGAAAACCAAAAAUUGAAAACUUCUUUUAGACUUAACGCCUUCAGGAUUCCUGGGUUUCUGAGACUUCUGGUUUGAGAAACACGGUGUUCUGCUCUGCUGUGUAUUUUGAUGUUUGGUGACGAUUAAAAAAAAAAAAAUCUCAGAGCUCAGUGUGUCUUAUUAAAUACUUUAGGGGUUGUGAAAGGGCCCACCACGGACAUGUGUCUGUUUCUUAUUGCUCCUGCUGAUAAUCAUUAGCUUUUAAAACAUAAGAAGUUGUUCUGCUUGUGCUUGGAAACCUGUGUCAGGGCCAGGAGGGAGCAGUUUUAAAUGCUGAGGCAGCAGAAGCAGAUCUGGGCUUUGGAGCCAGCCUGGGGCUGAAUCCUGGCUCUACCUCUUACUGUGUGACCUUGGGCAAGUUACCCAACCUCUCUGUGCCUCGAAGUCCUCCUGUAUAAAUAGGGAUGAGGCAGUACCUACCUUACAGGCUGGUUGCUAGGAUUCACUGAGGUGAUAGAUGAAAAGUCCUUAAUGGUUCUGGCACGGGGCAAAUGCUCCACAAAUGUUAGCUCUUACUAAAGCAUCACGAACGAAGGCACGUGUGUACGUGUGUGUGCGCGGGUGGCCAUCGUCAUGACAGGUGCCCGCCAGCAGCCCACCUGCACGGGCACCAGUUCUGGGUCUGGGGCUCCAGCUCCUCAUGCCCAGUGGGGGCCGGCGGUGGACGGUGUGUGAGUGAUGGCAAUGGUAGCUGGCUCUGGGGCUUGCUGUGUGCCAGACCCCCUCGAUAUGUUCUGAUCUGACCCUCCCAGCACUCUGCAGCAGUCUCCCCAUUUCACAGAAGAGCAGACAGAUUUAGGGACGGAGGAGACUUGUCUGAGGUCACACAGCUGGCAGGUGGCAGAGACAGAAUUUGAACUCAGUCCCAUGGACAAGUACAAUCCUUUGCUCACAGAGGUCACAGGUAUGUCUGGAGACCUCACUGUCACCGAGGUGACUUGUAACACCCCUGCCAAAGCCUCAAGGUAUGUAGGGGCUUUUUAUAAAUGAGGCUUUUCACUGCACGUGUUAAUGACUUGCCUGACUUUGGUUAGAGGAUAGCUCAGUGUCGGGGUCCCAGAGCUGCAGGCAGCCUGGGUUCCGGUCUCGCAUCUGCGGUGCUGUCAGGGGUGAGACCUGGGGCAUAUUGACCCACCGCUGGGCUCCGGGACCCACAUCUGCAGAAUUGAGAAAGCAUAACGUGCCUCACAGGGCUGCGCUAAAAACAAAGCGAUUGUGCUUCAUGGAGAAGCGCUGGGGCUUCCUAAAAUAGUGUCGAGUGAAGGAGAGCGUUAAAAACAGAUGCAGCCUCAGUUCAUCCUGCUGCGGAAGUUCUUUGUGUUUCAAGGGUUUUGACAUCUCUGUGUGUAUGUCAGUUACCUUGCCUGUCUUGUCUCCCUUCCUGGGCAGGGUUUUCCAGGAUCCACAUUUGGUCCCAGUAGAGAAGGUUCAUGGACGAUUAGAAAAUUCUUUUCUCUUCCCCCGUAGGUUAAUAUAGCAUGUUUGGUGUGGGCAGUGUCAUCGCUGGAAUUUACUUUUUGAUGAUCAGAAAUAUUUUUGCUAGUUGAGACUUUUACAUCCUCUUGCUGGAACACCAAGUGCCCCCUUAGCCAAAUCUAGGAAGUGCUGGGGUAACUAAAGGGCAGUGAUGAUGGCUUUUUACCUAUGCUUUCUUGUUAACUC